AUGGACACAGCUUGGUUGCUAGUUCUCUCUGCCGUGGAUUCUCUGGCUCUGUUAACUUCCAAUCCAUUUACCCUCUUUGUCAUGCUAGGAUCCGGGCUGAAUUGGAGGCCGGUGUGGCUCCCGUUCAUACCAUGUCUACCAAUUUGCCUACAUUGGUUCUUCAGUAUUAUCAUUGGAAUCUCCAAUAAUGCUGGCCUUGCAAUUUUAGGAUUCAAGGACUCAUUCUUGUCUUUACUCAAGUUGGUCUUGAAGGAUUGUAAAACUGAACACUCUUAUCUCUAUAUGUCAACGCUCCUCUAUACGCUCUUGAGGGCUUUAAUUGAAUACUAUCCUGAGGAUACCCUUGAAAGAGGAGAUUGUCAGAAUUGA